AUGAGCCGUCGCAAAGACCGGGAAAGAUUCCAACGGAUAAAGGAGCAAAACCCUGACUACACGGGGUUUCGGGGCGCAGAUACGGUUGUUGAAGAGUCCGCUCCGCCACCGGUGCUGGAAUCGAUAGUUUGCUCGGUCUGCCAGCGGCGGCGGAAUGUGCCCGUAGAUACCCUGCCGGAGGACCGGGCCGAAUACGUGUGCCUCAGGUGCCAGGAUGGACUGUACCAGUGGAGGGGAUUCGCGACCGCGGUGCCGGGUGCACCCUUCGUAGACACCCUGCUAGCCGCACUCAAGGAAGCGUCCGGAUUAACUCCCUGGCUUAUAAUAUUCACAUACUAUCUGGUGGAGGGCUUGACCGUGCUUGCUGAAAGGUAUUUGAGGUCACGGUACGCAAAGGGACGCGUAGAUGAGCGGCAACAAUGGAUUGCCUGGAACCAGCGUCGCGAAGAAGCCAUGAGAGAAGGCAGAGAGUUUACCGAGCCGCCGCCGGCCUCAGACGGAGACAAAGCAAAAUAG